AGUAUAUAAGUACACACAUUGAUUUAAUUAUCAGUCAUUAUAAAAUUAUUUGUAUUCUACUUAUACUUUUGACAAAAUUUAAAGAUACGAUGAGCAGCAUACAAGAUUUAUUUGAUAAAGAAAAAAUAAAUUCUAUAGAGAAAUUUUUAGAUCAUUUACAUAAUAAUAUUUUGACACAAGAAAUAAAAAUAAUUGAUUAUUCAACUUUAGGUAUAAUUGAUAAAGAUUUUAUGGAAGAAAUAAGAGCCACUUCUGAGGAUGUAACAAUAUUAUUUGGUAAAACCCUUAGAGACUUUAAAUUCAUUUUAAUGGAUGAAAGUCGAAGGUCUCAUGAAAUAUUUAUGAAAUAUAAUGAUCCUUGUAGAUUAAGUGUUUCACAUGUAAAUCUUCCUCACUCUCAGUUACAAGAACGUGAAUAUUCGACCAUUAAAGAAGCAGUGCUUGCCUUUCAACAAUAUAUUAACAGCUUAAGUGCAUAUUUUCAUGAGUUAGAAUGCUUAGACCAUAUGUUCACUGUGAUGGAACCUGUCAAUCCAACCUUUAAAGAUAACUAUCGAAGAAUAUUACUUGAUGAUAGAAUAUGGCUACACGUUGAAGUGACUGCUAAUGGUUCAGCAAUUAAUAUUUAUCUUGUGGGGCAAUCAGAAAAAUGGCAAGACAAAUUGCAAGAUAGGCUGCUAUCCUGGGAUCAUGAUAAAGAAAUUGCAGAAAAUAUCACGGAUAUGUGUGAUUUAAUCAAGACUUCUUUGCAUAUACCAUUGCAUAUAAGUAUUGAUGAACCUAAUGAAAGGGAAGUUGAAGCUCCUUCAUGUGGCAUAUGCUUUUGUGUUGAGUUACCUAAUAUCCAAGGAGUGCCCCAACCGCUUUGUCAAAAUGCUAACUGUGGAGUAUACUUUCACACAAACUGUUUGUAUCAGUGGCUUGUUGCCUGUGAAGGAGGUCGCCUGCCUGCUUUUGGUGUGGCAAAUGGCAGUUGUCCAAGUUGUUUCCAACCAAUAACAUGCAGUGAAAUAGACAACUAGCAUUCAUACCCAUAAAUUCUUUCUCAAUUAUUUUUUUGAUUUGUUUAAAUAAAGUUACUCAAAAUUACAAUAA